AUGGAGUUCGUGCGCGAAGUGCUCGAUCAAGGCCAUCGGGCCGCCGUCGACCUCCUGCAAGGCGGGCACAUCGAACACUCGUCGCCAUGGUCACCAGAUGUCCCCGAGGACCUUCGCCACUGGCUACCAGAUCUACUCGAUCGUUUCCCACUCGUCAUGCCCUGGGAGCAUCCAAAACCAGUCGAUCCAGCUCUACAUAAUGUGUGGAUUCUUGACAACACGGCAUUCCGAAUGCCUGCUGCUGGAGAUAGCAGAGCAGAGCUCGCCGAGCAGCAGGACCCGAACGAUACGAAGCCCAGACUAGCGAGCGAGCCUGGUCAGACUACUCAAGAACCUGCCGCCAACAGUGCAGGCUGGGAAGUCGAGUUUGUGGCAGCUUAUUUCAUCAAAGGAUUUGGCAAGGACCUCUCUCGCGUUACCAGCGCGUUGAUCAAGCAGUUGCAUGUUGAUGAAAACGACAUUGCUACCAAGAAGCGCAUCAGUGCUCGCCUGGAGCCGUUCAUUGACAGUGUCCUACCGAACCGUACUCUACGGAUCUCCAUCAAUAACAAAGAAGAGCAGAAGCUUGGCCCUUCUUCCUACUCAGGAAUUAGUUCAGGUCUUCUUCCGCUGCACUUCACGCCAUCGGCACCGCAGAUCUCAUCGAGCACAGUCAACCUCCCACCGCCCUUCGGUCUGGGAAGCACAACGGUCUUUGCGCAGGAGAAAGGCUGGGGUGUGAUUAGUGACAUCGAUGACACAAUCAAAGUCACUCAAUCCACGGACCCAAUCGGCAUUUUGCACAACACUUUCACAGUUGAAACGCCCGAGCCAAUCGCUGGGAUGCCGGAGCUAUACGCGCACAUGAAUCAGACUCUCACGACGACUACCGACAACAAGGAUAAUGCACCGCCUUACUUCUACCUCAGUGCCUCGCCCUACAACCUCUAUCCAUUCCUGCGCCGCUUCAGAGACUCUCACUUCCCGCAGGGCACGAUCAUCCUCCGCGAUGCAAGCUGGCAGAAUCUAGGCGGUCUGAUCACAAGUCUUCAGCGCAAUACGAAGGAGUACAAAGACGACCGCAUCGCGAAGAUCCACUCCUGGCUCCCGCAUCGCAAGUUCGUGUGCCUCGGCGACAGCACGCAGAGUGACCCUGAGGCUUAUGGCGAAGCUGCGAGGAAGUAUCCUGGCUGGAUAAAGGCAGUGUUCAUUCGCAAGGUCAGUGGUAUCGCCUUCAUGGACGGAGCCGAGAAAAAUAGGCCGGAGAGGUUUGAGAAUGCAUUCGAGGGUCUGGAUAGGAAGCUUUGGCACGUGUUUACUGAUCCUGCCGAGUUGGCUGAGAGGAUCGAUGAGCUGAGCAAGGAUUCAGAGAUCAUGGUUGGUGGCGAGUGA